AAGUGAGCCACAUUGGAGGCUGCCCUUGCACCAAUGACCCUUCCCAAUUCGUCCUGCAUCUUCGAAGACAACAUGUGUGAGGGGAACAAGACCACCAUGGCCAGCCCCCAGUGGAUGCCCCUGGUGGUGGUCCUGAGCACCAUCUCCUUGGUCACGGUGGGACUCAACCUGCUGGUGCUGUAUGCUGUGCACAGUGAGCGGAAGCUACACACGGUGGGCAACCUGUACAUCGUCAGCCUCUCGGUGGCAGACCUCAUCGUGGGCGCCGUCGUCAUGCCCAUGAACAUCCUCUACCUGCUCAUGUCCAGGUGGUCCCUGGGCCGGCCUCUCUGCCUCUUCUGGCUUUCCAUGGACUACGUGGCCAGCACAGCGUCCAUUUUCAGCGUCUUCAUCCUAUGCAUCGACCGCUACCGCUCCGUCCAGCAGCCCCUCAGGUACCUGAAGUAUCGUACCAAGACCCGAGCAUCAGCCACCAUCCUGGGGGCCUGGUUUCUCUCCUUUCUGUGGGUUAUUCCCAUUCUGGGCUGGCAUCGCUUCAUGUCCAACACUUCGGCACGCCGGCAGGACAAGUGUGAGACAGACUUCUACGAUGUCACCUGGUUCAAGAUCAUGACUGCCAUCAUCAACUUCUACCUGCCCACCUUGCUCAUGCUCUGGUUCUACGCCAAGAUCUACAAGGCCGUCCGGCAGCAUUGUCAGCACCGGGAGCUCAUCAAUGGGUCCCUUCCUUCCUUCUCAGAAAUUAAGCUGAGGCCAGAGAAUCCCAAGGUGGGUGCCAAGAAACCGGGGAAGGAGUCUUCCUGGGAGGUUCUGAAAAUGAAGCUAAAAGAUGCUGGCGGUGGGCCUGUCUUGAAGCCACCACGCCGAGACUCUAAAGAGGUGAAAUCUCCAGUUUCCUUCAGUCAAGAGGAGGAUGGAGAAGUGGCCAAAGGUGACAUCACACAAAUGCAGAUUGUGGAAGAGGCAGAUGGCGAGGGUUACCUGGCUGUCACGCAGAGCGAGACGCAGCUUGAGAUGGAUGAGCAGGGCCUAGACACACAUGGGGUCCGCAAGAUAUCAGAGGACCUGGUGUUAGGGGAUAGCCAGUCCUUCUCCCAGACAGAAUCAGACACCCCCACGGGGCCAGCAGCCAGAAAAGGCAAAUUGAAAAGUGGUUCUAACACAGCCCUGGAUUACAUCAAGUUCACUUGGAAGAGGUUCCGUGCACAUUCAAGAGAGUAUGUGUCUGGGUUGCAGCUGAACCGGGAACGGAAGGCGGCCAAACAACUGGGCUUUAUCAUGGCAGCCUUCAUCCUUUGCUGGAUUCCUUACUUCAUCUUCUUCAUGGUCAUUGCCUUCUGCGAGAACUGCUGCAAUGAGCACGUGCACAUGUUCACCAUCUGGCUGGGCUACAUCAACUCCACACUCAACCCCCUCAUCUACCCCUUGUGCAACGAGAACUUCAAGAAGACAUUCAAGAAAAUUCUGCACAUUCGCUCCUAAAGGGGGCUCCAGGGGGAUCCAACAAAAUGAUGUCCGGAGAGGCAACGGAGCAGGAAGGCCUGUGUGUUGGCAGGCACUUGGGCUUUCUGGAGUCAAAACCACAGUCUUAGGGGCUGGGUAGUUUGGAAAGUUCUUGGGCACCACUGGAAGAACAGCGGAUGGCCAGUGGUCGGUAGAGAGAUUGAACUUUGAAUAAAAAACAGACAAUCUUUGCAAGAGGAUCA